AUGAGUUCAGAGAACCACAGCAUCCACCCAGACUUCAUCCUCCUGGGGCUGUCAACCCAUCCAGGGCAGAGGAAGCUCCUCUUCUCCCUCUUCCUGGUCAUGUAUGUGGUGGCAGUGAUGGGCAAUCUGCUCAUUGCCGUCCUCAUCCACUGGGAUCCCUGGCUGCGUGAGGCACCCAUGUACUUCUUCCUCAGCCACCUGUCACUGGUGGAUGCCGCCUUCACCUCGGUGACAGUGCCCAAGAUGUUGGCCAACCUGGUGGCUGACAACAAGGCCAUCUCCUACGCUGGCUGCUUGGCCCAGAUGUACUUCUUCUUUGCCUUCGGGGUCACAGACAGUUUCCUGCUGGCUGGCAUGGCUUAUGACCGCUAUGUGGCCAUCCAGGACGCCUUAAGAUACAAAGCAGUGAUGAAACGUGGACUGUGUAUGGGGCUGGUAGCUGGGUCAUGGAUCGUGUCCCACCUCCACUCCUUGCUCCACAUUGUGCUCAUGUCCCGUCUCUCCUUCUGUGCCUCACGGGAGAUCCCCCACUUCUUCUGUGACCACCAGCCUGUCCUGGCACUGUCCUGCUCCUCCACCCACCUCAUCGAGAUGCUCAUCUUCACUGAGGGUGCCUUGGUGGUCCUCAGUCCCUUUGUCUUCGUCCUGGCUUCCUACCUCCUCAUCUUAACCACUGUGCUUCAGCGGGCCACAGCUGAAGGCUGGCACAAGGCACUGUCCACCUGCAGGGCUCACCUGGCUGUGGUCACUCUCUUCUAUGGCACCAUCAUUGGGGUCUACUUCCAGCCCACAGCCCGCUACUCGGCUGCCAAGGGCCGUGUAGCCACAGUGAUGUACACUAUUGUCACUCCCAUGCUCAACCCCUUCAUCUACAGCCUCCGCAACAACGAUGUUCAGGGAGCUCUGCGGAGGAUUUUUCAUAGAUCCAGUGUAUAA